AUGUUGAAACACCCAUCUCCAACCUUAGAAAACAAACGGAGUCCCCUCCCCAACUCCAAAAGUUCAAUAAAAACCAGCCGCAAAAGCCUGCCAACCUCCCCACUCACAUCAGAAAACCCAAAACCCAAAUCAAACCAAACAACUGAACCCCCAGCCCCUCCAUUUCGCAGCGUCUCCGCCUGCAACAGAUGUCGCCUCCGCAAACACCGCUGCGACCAGCGCCUCCCUCGCUGUGAGUCAUGCGAAAAAGCUCAAGUCCGCUGCGUGGGCUACGACCCCCUCACCAAACAAGAGGUGCCACGCAGCUACGUAGCCUUUCUCGAAAGCCGCGUCAGCUAUCUCAACCAGGUCCUCAUCGACCACGGCAUCGGGUUCAAGCCCGCCAUCGCCUAUGAUGAGGAAGAGGCGUUGAAGAUGGAAGCCGGGCAGUCGCCGAGGUUUGAAUCUCGCGGACUAAGAGACGCGAGAGAAUUGCCCGAGCAGAUGCAGACGCAACCGCAAACGCAGAUGGGGAUGGGCGCGCGGAUGUCCCGUAAGAGGAAAUUGACUCCGUAUGAGGACGCCAUUCCCACCAGACAGGUCAAGCGCCUGGCGCAGUUAAAUGUCCUUCUCACGGAGUUGUUGACGGAUGGAUGUCAGCAUCGAGAAUGUUCCCGUGACCCGGCGAGGGGGUAUAUGCGUGCUGCUCGUAGGCGUCGCGGGCAGGACGAUUCUCUUGAACAGAGAUUGCCGUGGUCACCGCGGAGCUUGGAUUCGAUUAAUCAUAGUGAUAGUCGCACGACUAGGUCUGUGUCGCCGGUGUCAGUACAUGAGCCAUCUCAGUAUCCCGGCAGGACUCAUGGGCGUGGUUCAUCUCUGCUUAGUGCGGAAACUGUCUUGAGAUCAGAUCAUGGGCGUGAAGUACAUGACAUGAAGAGACAGCCUGGGAUCGAGCUUGAUUUGGGAGAGUUCGAGUCCGAGAUGCCCAGUAUCAAGCCCGUGGCUGAGAGUGGUGAAGUGGGAACGGCCAAUGGUGUUCGACGUUUCAAUGACUCGAGUCGUGCUUCGUCGCCGGAGGAGGGUUGUUCUAGUCCCGAGCCCAAGUUUGAUAUUGCUGCCGAUCUUCUUCGGGGACGGAGGGAGAGAGAAAGGGCUAAUUAUGAUUUGCUGGAUGAGUUCCUUGUCGACUGGGCUUAG